AUGUUUGGCGAAACAAAGAGAAGAAUAAAGGUAGGUUAAAAUCGAAUGUUAUCUUGAGGUUUUACAGUUUUUAAAAACAAAAAUUAGUUGAAAGUUAUUAGAAAACCAUUUAGAAAUAAUUUGUUCUUCUAGAACACGUUGGUCUGAUUAUAAAAUACGAGUUCUUGCAGCCAACUUUAGUGUUACAACUGUUAGUAGUGAUAAAAAACGCAAUAAAAAUAGAUAUAAAGGGUAGGGUUAAGAUAUUGUUUGUAUCCAUAGAUAAAUUAGUGAUAGAACAGUAAUAAACUGUGACCAACACUGCCAUUUAGGGCUUCCCUUUCCAAUAAAAUUGAAUUUUCUUUAUUUAAAUCAAGUAUUUAGAAGGCGCUUAGUAGGCCACUACAUAAUUUUGCCGAUGAUUAUUACCACGAGCACUUGGAGGCCACAAAAUCACGGUAAGUAAAGAAAUAACAUGUUUUUAAAUAUACAAGGUCUUGUACAAUUUUUAAAAAAACUAAUUUUUUAAAAUAAAAUCUUAUAAAAUUUUAUAUCAGUUUUUAAUCAAAUUUAACCCUUCAAACCAUUUUUAAAUCAAAUUUAAAGGAACCGUUCAUUGAAUUUUUUUGAACGAAAUUUUUUCGCGGGUUUUCCAAUGUUUUCGAUUAAUUUUUUGAGAAUUUUAAUCUCCAAAAAAUAUUUUCAUUUGAUUUAUUUCUUACCAACGCGGUUGUAUAUUUUGAACCAUAUUGAGGUUCUCGGUUUAUAUUUCACUACUUUUACUUUAAUAUUCUACAUAUUCUUUGUUCUAAACUCUAAAAACAUGUUUUUUUGCUAUAAUGAAACCAUUUUUAAACUUUUAGUUCAGUAAAACUUUUAAAGAAUAGUGUAGGUCUUACCUUACUAUUGGUUUAAAAAUGUCAGGUUUCGUUAGAGAGUAAAAGCAGCUAAUUCGACGUUAAAAGUAAGUAUUUCUCUGUCUUUUCGUUUUCAGGACUUUAGAUCACAUAUAAUGGUAUUAUCCUUGGGGUAAGCGAACGCCUAAAUCCACAUCCACCAACCUCUCCAACCACAUGGUCUUAUUAAUCUUACAAUUUGCGUAUCUUUAGUAAAGUAAUAUUAUUUUUUAAUGUCAGAAUGUAUAUUUACCCCCAAAUCGGAUUGUUUCACCUUCUUGUUAUUAGUAAACCCUCCACAAGGCUAGGUAUUGGUGGUUUCGAGAUGAAAAGGCCUGGUAUCUUGGGUGUUUUGAUGUGUUAACGGUUCGAAUAGGUAAGAAUAUUGUAGUAUUUUUUCUGUAGAGUAAUUUAAGACCAAACAGUAGAUGGUUAAGAUAUUUUUAAGCUGUGAAAACACUAAAAUCUAGUAUAAUAUCGCCUACAAAGCUUCAGAAGAAAAAAAGGCUUGUGUCUUGAGUGUUUUGAUAUUUUAAGUCUGAAUAGGUAAGAAAACCUCAAUAUGGUUCAAAAUAUACAACCGCGUCCGUAAAAAAUAAAUCAAAUGAAAAUAAUUUUUGGAAACAAAAAUACUCAAAAAAUUAAUCGAAAACAAUGGUAAACCCGCGAAAAAAUUUCGUUCAAAAAAAUUCAAUGAACGGUUCCUUUAAUUUUACAAUACCUAAAAUUAAAAAAAAAAAAAAAUUUUUUUGUAAAUUUUAGAGUCCAAGAACUAGAGAAACAAUUGGCAACAGCGUUGAUUGAAAAAGAAAGAGCUUCCAUAAACAUACAAGAGUAUUUUGAUGAAGUCAGAAAAGCGAGAGAAGCCAAGAAGGAAACCAAAGAAGCACACAAGAGAAUUGAAGAAGUUGAACAAAAACUGGAGGCUUUCAAAUCCAAAGUCAGUUGUUGUGUUUUCGGCCAACAAAACUUCAGCGGAUCUGAGCUGAAUUGUACCAAAAUUUACUCCAAUAACUGUAGCACGAUCAAACAGUUAAAUGAGUCAUUGAAGUCCAAACAAGAAGAGAUCUACAAGAAAGCAAAGGAAGUGGAAGAACUGAAGAAGAAAAUAAUUGAACACGAGGGUACGAUCAGAGAUGUUAAGGCAGAAAGAGGACUUUAUGAAGAAGAUUACCCUCGCUUGCUGAAGCAGAUUGAAGAUCUACAGAAGAAACAACGUGUGCUUGAAGAAAAUAUGGCUAAGGAACGCGAUGAGAAUGAAAAAGUGUAAGCAAUUUUUUAAGCUCAAAAUAAGCUAGAGUAAGACUACAAUGGGGGAAUAUUAAGGAAUAGGGUAGAGUAUAGCAAGAACAAUUAUAAGUUAACUAAAAGUUAAUAAAAAAAUAAAUUUCAGAAUCCGCACUCUCAAAGAAGAUUUGAAAAUAAAUGAAGAACUGAACUCUGAGCUCGUUGCUACCGUUCAACUUCUGAAGAUGUCCCAAACCGAAGACUUUGAAGGAUCAGAAAAGAACUCCGAAUCUGAAGUCGACGACUGGUUGGAAGUCGAAAAAUCCGACUCUACCGCUUAA